UUUCAAAAUAGUGCAUCCACGAGGAAUAUUGACAGGUCGAACCUAAUGAGGUUUGACCUCGCAGCAGCAAUAGCAGUGGCGUCCUCCUCGAGCACCGACAACGGGAUGCACCAGUACCUCAAUGGCUCAACGGUCACGUGCAAGUACUCCGCGGAGUUCCGGGGAUUGGUCUAUAAGGUUAACCCACAUGACCUAUCGUGCGUGUACAAACGCAUGUUCGAGAUGUGCGCCACGAACGCACUGCGUGACCUUGAGGUAAAUGAGUGGCUUCACAAAAUGGGGGCUGAUUUUGGAGGGCCAGAGCGGAUGUGUGCGUCACCGGUGGAAACAGAGAGGCGUCAUGUUGCGUCGAGAUUAGCAUUGAUGCAGAGCAACUCCUUGGGCGUUCUCAGCCUAUAUCCUGCCGAGGCCAACAAGCAAACGAAACACAUUCAGGGAUGGGAGACUUGUCGGCGACCGCAUUCCUCCUCCUCGCUCCCCGAACACCGAUUUAUGGUGGCAGACGUCUCCAGAAAAGAAACACAUCGCAGUCAGUCUGCGCUGGGAAAACUGGAAUGUGGCGGGAAAGAUGAACGUCUACGCCCCAUUCGUGCUACCAGUGUGCAGUGUAGGAAAGCCACGUCGUCUGAGGUGAUUAGCAAUAAACAAGAGACAUCACAAACCUCGAGCACGUACACCUUCAACCUUGGCACCACGCCGCAGAUCAGCUACCGGUUCCUCCACCACAACGAUCUCGACUGCUACAUGGAACAAUACAGGGAGCAGUAUACGUACAAGCGCUUGGCUGUGUUAAGACCCAACGUGAACGAGAUGCGCCCGUACCAGAUGACCCUCCCUGUAUCCCCGCUCCUGCGGUGUUUUGAUAUGUUUGGGUGUAUCCAGCCACCCCCGGGCUGCGGGCCCCGAAUGAGCCUCAGUCGCCUUCAGGCCGCCGGAAGCACCCCUCCAGGCCGGACUUCGCCCAAGAAGCAGAUUCGGAAGAAGGUGGUGAAGUCGUCGUCUCCCGAAAGCCGCCCCUACAGACAGACGUCCAACGUGCUGGCAGCCGAAAAUGGCGUCCUCAAGAUGGAAUUCCAGGGGCAACCACUACCACAGGUUCUGCCUCCAGCAACAACUCAAGCGCUGACUAGCGGCCGGAAGUCCUCCACUAGCGUAUACAGCGACCCUUGUCUGUCGUCUGUCUCUGUCGGCAACAUCAAAAUCCCCAUCAUCAGCCGCACCAGGCCCACCAUUCCCAGCAAUGCCCAUGGCACCAUCUACGCCUCUUCCACUGAGACCCCGACAUACGUCGUCUCAUACCACAAGAACAAAUGAUUUUUGGCAUUGUUUCGGUGCAAAUCUGUUCCGACCAAGACCUCUACAUACGAGGCUGAGACAGGGGUUCGUUGUGGUUGGUCCACGAACUUUAUCCGUCUCUACGGGAGGUAACUGCUGAGAAAUAUCAAGAUAUGCUGCAUGGCCGUGCACGUUUGAGAUCCACAUCUACAUCUGGGAACAGCUAAUGCGUAUGUAAAGUAUAAGAACAACCAUCAACAAGUUGUGAAACUCCUGUUCAACAUGCAUGACAUUAUCAACGGAAUGUCCUGUUUCAGUGUACUCGUGAGAAGACGUGCAAAUAGGUAGUCAAGCAUGUCAUCAUUCCUUAUAGGGAUACUCUGGCAUACUGUAGUAACCAUGCCGGCGCUCGCUGUUGGAGCGGCAACCGUGAGGGUAUGAGGUGUCAUCUUGAGGUAUUGGCUGUCCUUUAGUAUACAUCUUUUCCCUGAUAUGUACCUUGAAGAAGCGGUAUACAUGUGUUGACGAUCUGGUGUAAUUACUUGAUGUUCUUAUUGUAUGUGCCCCUGUUUCUUCAUAAGGGUUAUUUUCUUGCAAUGUUAUAUGAGUAAAGCCACACUUCCAUCAGGUGAGAGAAGCGCUGUGAGGCAACACCUUCGAACAGUGGAUGCUGGAACAAAAAACAGCGUGGUAUCUAAAUUUGUCCACCACGUCAGGUUAACGAUGUAGGGGAACUUUGUUUUCAGCAGUAGUGUAGUUCAACACCAGUGAUGAGAAUGUUCGUUGGGAUUAAAUGAGUUCCAUGCAACA